CUUCCCCUCCGGCGCUGGGCGUGGGUUCGGACCUUCUUCCCAGAGACGCUCGCACACCCUUCCCAUUCUCCUCUGCGCGGCCUCCAUCUAAGCUCUCUUUCCCUUGUCCAUAGCCUAGAUCGAGCUCCCUGUGUGCACCGCGCGCUGCCCGAGGCGCAGGUCAACCAGAAUCAAGAUGUCUGGGACUGAGGAAGCAAUUCUUGGAGGACGUGACAGCCAUCCUGCUGCUGGCGGCGGCUCAGUGUUAUGCUUUGGACAGUGCCAGUACACAGCAGAAGAGUACCAGGCCAUCCAGAAGGCCCUGAGGCAGAGGCUGGGCCCAGAAUACAUAAGUAGCCGCAUGGCUGGCGGAGGCCAGAAGGUGUGCUACAUUGAGGGUCAUCGGGUAAUUAAUCUGGCCAAUGAGAUGUUUGGUUACAAUGGCUGGGCACACUCCAUCACGCAGCAGAAUGUGGAUUUUGUUGACCUCAACAAUGGCAAGUUCUACGUGGGAGUCUGUGCAUUUGUGAGGGUCCAGCUGAAGGAUGGUUCAUAUCAUGAAGAUGUUGGUUAUGGUGUUAGUGAGGGCCUCAAGUCCAAGGCUUUAUCUUUGGAGAAGGCGAGGAAGGAGGCGGUGACAGACGGGCUGAAGCGAGCCCUCAGGAGUUUUGGGAAUGCACUUGGAAACUGUAUUCUGGACAAAGACUACCUGAGAUCACUAAAUAAGCUUCCACGCCAGGUAUAUCAGACAUGGAUGAGUGGAGUGAAGAUAACGCGGCAAACUCUUCUGUGUCAUGGGUUGAGUAUUUGGAGGAUGCAAGGAGAAAAAUCACAUCAUGUGGGCCGGGGGCCGUGGCUCACGCCUGGAAUCCCAGCACUUUGGGAGGCCGAGACGGGUGGAUCACGAGGUCAGGAGAUCGAGACCAUCCUGGCUAACACGAUGAGGCCUUGCUCUGUCAGCCAGGCUGGAAUGCAGGAGUGCCAUCAUAAUUCACUGCAUCCUUGGACUCCUGGGCCCAAGGGAUCCUCCUGGAUCCUCCUGCCUCAGCCUCUCAAGUGGCUGGGACUACAGUUGCCUCUUGAAGUGGAUUUAACUAAAGCGAAGAGACAAGAUUUUGAACCGUCUGUGGAAGAGGCAAGAUACAACAGCUGCCGACCGAACAUGGCCCCGGGACACCCACAACUACAGGAGGUGACCUCCCCUUCCAGACCAAGCCAUGCUGUGAUACAGGGGGACAAGGACUGCAGCUCCCGAAGCCUGACCUCAUCCGCCCUGGAGAGCGAGGCCACGUACCAGCGGAAGCUCCGGCAGAAGCAGCUGCAGCAGCAGUUCCGGGAGCGGAUGGAGAAGCAGCACGUUCGAGUCCCCACGCCGUCAGCUGAGAAGAGUGAGGCAGCGCCUCCGGCCCCUCCUUUGACGCACAGCACUCCUGUAACUGUCUCAGAACCACUCCCGGAGAAAGACUUCCUUGCAGGAGUGACUCAAGAAUUAAUCAAGACUCUUGAAGACAACUCUGAAAAGUGGGCUGUGACUCCCGAUGCAGGGGAUGGUGUGGUCAAGCCCUCGUCUAGAGCAGACCCAGCCCAGACCUCUGACACACUAGCCUUGAACAACCAGAUGGUGACCCAGAACAGGACUCCACACAGCCUUUGCCACCAGAAACCACAAGCAAAAUCUGGAUCUUGGGACCUCCAAACUUAUAGCGCUGACCAACGCACAACAGGAAACUGGGAAUCUCAUAGGAAGAGCCAGGACAUGAAGAAAAGGAAAUAUGAUCCAUCUUAACUGAGGCUCAGGCCACAUGAUUGGACUCUGUCACAAAGGGACUUUGGAAAACUACUUUUUGGUCAUGAAAUUGUUCAUCGCUCCUGGAGAAUGAACAUCAUUGCGAUUUAUCUUGCUUCAUUCUGAACCUUAUCAAGAGGAUCUGACUGAGAGCCCACUGCAGUUAGAGCUGAGCACUUUUGAAAAGCUUGUCCGCCACUCUAGUAGGGAGAGGCUCUGGACAGAUGAAUACCUUUUCUUCGGCUUGUGAGGCUUCCCACUAUUUAUUACUGACUAUUAUGUUAAUAAAGAUGGACAUUUUAGGAA